UAGUGAAAAUAUCACAUUCGAGGUUUCUCUCUAUAGUGGAAGUAAGAAAAAAGGUAUUUUACGACAUAAUUUGCGUUCAUAUCCAAUUAUAUGUGAAACAGAAUAUUACAUGGUCGCUUGGAGAUACGAAUUUUAUCUUCUCGUGUUGAAAAUCUUUUCAACGCUCGAAGAUAAAAUCCGYAUCUCCGUGCGSCCAUGUAAUAUCCUCUAUAUCACAAUGCAAGUCCAUUACAUACUGCAUUCGAUACGAUAUACAGUUUAAGUCCGUUAUGUAGUUUGAUCAGAAACUUAAAUAGUUGUAGUUUUCUUACACCCUACUUAUUCAAAACYACUGUUUGUCUUACUCGUUAUACCACUUUCUAAAAUUGAAACCUAGAACUAAUAACUAGAGUAUAUAGAACAGAGAAAGAAAGAUCCUGAAAGUAUCCAGGAUUCASCAUUGUAAGGAGUCAUUGCAUACAAAGUUAUCACUACUACGUUAUAUGACAUCACAAUGAUGUCAUAGAAACCUAUUGUUACGCAAAAACAAUCGUGGAGAAGUAGAGAAACCCAGACAAUCUUUUAAAGUCAAGUCUAAAAGAAUUUUCAGACUACRUCAGCUGUCGGAUUUCUAUUUUUUUAAUUUCUUUUUAACUAUUUCUAUAACUUUGAAAGGAAGAUCAUGGUCACCCUUCUACCUCCCUCUAAAUACGUCCCUGUAAUUGAACGUAGAGAAGCUCAUGCAAGCGCUCUCAGAGCGUCUAAUUAAUUUAUGUUUACAAUUGAUCAGAUUUAUUGAAUAGCAAGAGUACUAGUACUGAAGGCACUUUUCAAACAUGACUUGCUUUUCUUGGAUGUUUAUUUCUGUCUUACUACUGAGCUUCUCCGUGUCAUGGCAUGUCGUUACUGCAGCUUUAUUCCCAKACAUGGAGAGUUUGGCAUCUUACUCACCGAUUAAUAGCAGCACAACAUGUGGGACACCAGCGAUUAAAGUUUGUCGAUCGUCGAUACAAUCAAGUUCAAUAGACAAUUGCACGGAAGAUACUUGCAAAUUUGCCUGCUGCGAUUCUUGUAGCAGUUCCAAACCUARUUCAACUGAUCUGGGUAAAGUUAAACCUAGCACCGUAGUAGGAAUUACAAAUGGGCCACCAAGACCAGGAUCUGCAGAACAAUCGUUUAGUUUUGAUUCCUCGUCUGACUCUCAUAUGGAUCCCCUCAAUCUUGGACCUUCCAUAGAUUACAAGAAAUUAGGUUUUACAAUUAGUSUUUGGAUCAAGCAAAAAGAUGGCAACAAAGGAACAUUAUUUUCCAAGAUAACACCAAACUCAAACAAUUUGAAAGUUGUCUAUCAUCUGGAGAUUGAGAAUUACAAGAUUUGGUUCCAUUACCAGUAUGAACCACAAGGCAAUACAUCAACAAUUCCACUUGUUCCUCUGCAAAGUCAGAGUCAGCAUCUCAAACCCAAUGAGUGGCAUUUGAUUACAGUGACUGUAGUUAGUAAAUACCUGUCGUAUUUUAUUGAUGGGAAAUUUAUUAAAGCUGUGAUGACCUGCAUCUUUAACAUUGAGUCGGACUACCAACAUUGUAUUGGUUGA